CUGUUAAGCCCACCACACAACAAAACCACUUGAAAUUGCGAUAUAUACUAAGCCAACCAUCUAUUGCUUCGGCUAACGCGCGUUCCGUUUCCUUCACCGUGCGUCGGCCUUUGGGGUUGUUUCCUCAGAUCGUUCUCGCGAGGAGGUGGGCGAAUCUUCCGAUCUAAUCUCCUUUCCAAGUCCCAAAUUGGAUAUUAGGUCUGGGUUGGAUCUGCUGCGAGUUACGGGUGAAAAGGAAGAUCGAUGGGUGGUUAUAUGGAAGCAUUGAUCGACAGUGGAUUGAAAGUAAAGAUAGCUUUCAACUUGUUUCUCUCCAAAAUGAGGCCCAUUUUCUGUGGGAACUUUGAGUAUGAUGCUCGCCAGUCAGAAUUGGAACGUCUUUUUGGCAGAUACUGGAAGGUUGACAGGGUAGAUAUGAAAUCAGGAUUUGCAUUUAUUUACAUGGAUGAUGAACGAGAUGCAGGGGAUGCAAUCCAGGCCCUUGACAGGACUGAGUUUGGCAGACACGGGCAAUGGCUUCACGUUGAAUGGACGAAGCAAGAGCUUGUGGUGGUAGGACGAUCUGGCAGUUCAAGAAGGUCUCUUGCUAAUAUGACGCAUACAAAGACACUGUUUGUCGUAAACUUUGAGCCAAUCGAUACCAGGAUGAGACUUGGAGAAGCACUUUGGGCCAUAUGGAAAGGGCUUAAAUAUUAGGUUAGAAGAUAUUUUGUCUUUAAUUACUUUGAGGCACAGGAGGAUGCCACAAAAGCUCUGGAAGCAACCAACAUGAGUGUAGCUUGCUUCAUUCUUUUUGCCUUUCUCCUUGGAUUUUCGGCAAGUUGAUGGAUCGGGUUAUUUCACUAGAGUAUGCGCUUCGUGAUGAUGAUGACAGAAGAAAUGGGUACAGCCCUAAGAGGAGACGUAGGUAUCGAUCCCUAGCGAGGAGGGGUCGUGACAGUGGACGUACUCCAAGCCCAUACGGCAGAGGCAGGGAGAAGGAUAGCCCUGAUUCUGGGUGAACGCAGGGGUACCCCUAAUUAUGAAAGAGCUGAAACUCUUGGGCAUGAGAGUCCUUCACCAAGGCAGGAAAGAGAAUGAGAUUAUUUUACACUCGGUAAUUUGUGUCAUAGCGGCCAUGAUGGCUCAGGUACGUCUCUCUCCCGGUUGGCUGCUCAGGAUCGCGCGUCUGCCCAUUGCCCGCAUUCGAUAUCAUCUUCCUCAUCAAGAAGAGGACAAAAUCCGAUGUGAAAUGUGUUAUUAUUGAUAGAGGCGAUUCAGUCGGAAGCUUUUGCAGUGAUUCUUCUCCACAACUCGACAAAGUUUUGCAGGGGGACGGCAUCACUUUGGAGACGUCAUCGCCUUGGCGGCAGCAACAUCUAGCCAAUCAAAUAGUGGACGGCACUGUUGGUCGUGGAGUGAUCUCGUGGAGUGAUCUCUGCUGCACAAAGCCUCCCCCGAAGUGGCGACACACUGGUGGCCUCCAUGGUUUCACUGUGCAUGUCAUGGCACCCAUUAUAUGAGAGAAAGCCAAGCUAAGCUACAGCUAGCUAGCCAACAAACAACUCCUCCGAGUUCUCGAGUACAAUCUUCCAAGUCUUGACUUCGAUUCCCUGCCGGAUCCAAGUGGAAAUCCGGGUGAUCAGAACCUGUAUCUUGUGGUCCUCCAGGUGGACCACAAGGAGAUGAGAAGAAGACAAGCAAGUGGUCUGCUUGCGGCUACAGGCAGUCAAUAAGAGGCGUGAACUGAGGCCACAUCCACCAUAAUGGAUAAUAUCCAUUAUUGGUGCAUCAGAAUUCACUGUCCAAAGAGGAUAAAUGUGGACAGCAACUUAGGCUGGAAAGAGCUCAGUACUGCGUCAUUGUAGAGGACAGUUAUCUAUAUACGGAUGGAUAUAGAUCACAUGGACAAAGCAGUCUCGGAAAAAGCUACAGGAGAUAGUAGCCCAGUGGUACUAUCAAAGUGGGGUUCUGACACGCACAGGAAUGAAAAGAAUGGUUUGGACUCAUCUUAUGUUGUACAUUAGUGCGUGUCUUGCAAUGAGGAAGCAAUCAUAUCCUCUCCAGAGGUUUCUAUUU